UUCAGACAUUCAGUUUUCUUACUGAACCUUAUUUUAACAACUAGCAAUGUCUGAAUAUCAAGCCUCACUCUUCUGGUCUCUGUGUGACAUGCCAGCAGUACUUUUCGUGUAUUUCAAUACAAUAUGGCUUUUUCUAAUAUCUCUAGUAAUAAAUUAAAGAAAAAUAUAGACGACGUCCGCCGUUUUCUUUCUAUAUCAUUAGGUAUUGCAAAUGCGCACACCGUAGAUUUCUAUACGCGCGAUGUUUGGCGGACGUCUAUAGCUGUGAAUCCUGAAGAGGUGUUGUCGGCUGUUAACUCUACUUGUGACCACACGGUGGAGGUAGAGGGUAACGAAAACAUUACUUUUGGAUUCUGUAAUGUCACCAAAAAGCUGGUAGACAUAGCAGCACUUCUCAGGGCAGCCAAAGCUCAUUCUCUGGCUGGCUUGGGUGUAUGUGUGCAGCGCACAGCAAUGAUGGAGUCACUGAGAGUGAUGUCUGAAGGCUGCCCAGAUGGAAUAUCAGAUGGACGUCUUGUACCUGAAGAGUUCAUGAACUCUAAGAAGGCUCAUGAGGUGCCAGCUAUGUCUGAAGUGGUGGCCAGUCUGGCCAGAUGCUGUGGAGUCAAACAGGUUAUCGAUGUGGGCUCAGGUAAAGGCUACUUGUGCUCAUUCCUCUCUAUGCAGUAUGGCCUGCAGGUAUUUGGCAUUGAUUGUUCCAGCACAAACACCCAUGGUGCAAAGGAGAGGAACAGGAAACUCAAAAGGUUCUCCAAAGCCUACCGUAAACAUGACAGAGUAAGGAGAAACCAGAAAGUCCUGCCCAAAGACUCAAGUAGCAGGCAGACAGAAAAAGAAGAAGAAAAAGAAAAAAGAACCAAUGAAUGUCACACAGCUACUCCAGACCAGAAAGAAGGGGAUGCGGAGAGCAGUCAAGCAGAGGAGAAUGUUGACGAAUGGAAAGUUGGGACAAACCUCUUCACCAUAAGUGGACAGAGUCGUAUCGUCGAGGUCCAGAGUUCUGUUUCACCAGAACUGGCCAGGGAUCAUUCUGCAGUCUUGAACAGGCUUGGCGAAUGGGCAUCAGAUGCGUCAGAGAACCCUUUCAUCGGUGCUUUGGCCCCUGACAUUGUGGAGCACACCUCACCUCGUGUCCCAUCGAGCCAGCUGAGCCCUGAGGAGAGGGAGAGGAGGAAGAGGGAGAAUCUGGAGAGGAAGGCGCAGGACGGCAGACACAACAGUGACAAUGGCAACUUGUUUUCACCUCUGACCUCCUAUGUCACAGCCCAGUACGGACCUCGGGACACUCAUUCAGAACUGGAGGAGGCAGUUAGUGGCCUGCAUACGUGUGGAGAUCUGGCUUCCAGCAGUUUGCGGAUGUUUGGAGCCAAGCAGGAGCUCCGGGCUGUCUGCAGUGUAGGCUGCUGCUACCACCUCCUCUCAGAGCAGUUCGAUCCGGAUGGCCAGGAGUGUAGUGGAUGUGUGUGCGGGUUUCCCAUGAGCCAGUAUCUAAGAGAGCAGGCAUGCUUUUGCGGACGCAACGCCAGGAUGUCGGCAUGUCUGGCUCUGGAGAGAGUGGCAGCUGGAGGAGGGCUUCCUAUGGAAUCGCUCUUCUACAGGGCAGUUCUUCAUGUUAUUCUUCAGGAUCACUAUGAUGCCCAUAAGAGUGGGAAGCGCGUUGGGAAUGUUUACUCCAAAGCAUCCUCAUUCGUGGACUAUGUGAGGAGGGCACUCAGGAAAUUGGAACUGGACGCUUCAAAGCUGUCAGAUGGUGUGAUCCAGGGUUACCAUGACCUCUACCAUCCUAGGCUGAACGAGAUGGUGGCCUUCAACAUGCUGAAGGUGACUUUGGCUCCAUGUAUCGAAGGCCUUAUCCUGCUGGACCGUCUCUGCUACAUGAAGGAGAGGGAGAAUGUGUGCUACUCCGCCCUGGUGCAGCUCUUUGACCCACUUCUGUCCCCCAGAUGUUAUGCUGUCGUUGGAGUAAAGAGCCAAAGGACUUCAUAACAGCCAAAGAUGCUUUACCUCAUAUAUUCCUUUUAUUUGUUGUAAUUAAAUUUUAUUUACUUGCAAUGUACUCUUAUAUCCUAAUUGUUAUUGUGAACUAUAAAUGAUUUCUUAUGUCUGCAUCUGUGUGUUGUAAUUAAGUCAUUAUGGCAAUGUGCUUUUUCACUAUCUCCGUAAUUUCCAUGUUGAUAUCAGACUUAAAGGAGUGACUAGCCCUUGAAAGCAAAUAGUCGCAUCCCCAUCUGAUCUUUCAAAGAAACAAAAUCUGAUUAAAGCAUCACAGAGUUGUCCAAGUAGCACUUUAAUAGAAGCAGUAGAUAGAAAUUAAUGCAGUGUGUUAUUCAGGCUCUAAAUGAACCUUUUGAACUCCUGAGUUUUUGCUAUUGUGGAUACUGCAUGCAUGGAGUGAUCCUCAGACAUAAGUCGCACUCAGGCUGCCAGUAUUCUGCUGUGCCAGGUUGGUUACCAAUAAUCAGUACUAAUUAAA